AUCGAAUGCUUAAAAUCAAAAUAACAAGAUUUCUUCGUCAUACGUAAAAUUUCGAUAACGUUUAAUUAAUCGAUGAAAGAGUUCAAUGACAUUUUAUUUUUAUUUUUGUUUUGUUUUGUUUUGUUUCGUUUUGUUUCAAGGUGAAUUCGAUCAAAAAUCAGCUUUUAAAUAUUCAAAAUGUUUCUUACGUCGAUUAAUAGUGGCAAAUUUUUAAUCGUUAUUGUUAUAAUUAUUAAUAUUUAUAUUAUUACAAGUGUCGAGGGUAGAAAAUGUGUGUGCACAAGUAAGGAUUGUAAAGAAGCUGGAGAAAAUACCUGCGAGACUAAAUACUUUUGUUACACGGAAUUAAUUCCAAUAAGUGAUAAUAGAAAAAUUGGUGAAAAUACAACAACCCGAGGAUGUACACAAAGCCCAACGCCAUUAUUGUGCGAGACAAAAUCUUGGAUCACGAGGUCAAAAUUAUCACCAUCGUUGUCCUCAUUAUCUUCAUCUUCUUUUGACAAUAGAUACAAUAAUAAGGAAAACGAUACCAUUGAAAAUAAUCGUUUAUUAUCAUCAACGAUACCUUGGAUACGAAUGUCCUGGCCAAGGUUAAAGUGUUGCGACAGUCAAGAUUAUUGUAACGCUGAUUAUCUUGGUGACGUAUCGAAAUAUUUACAAGAAAUAGAAAAAGAUAAGAAUAAAUUAAACAAAAUCGAUAAAGAAGAAUUUUUUAUUAAAAAAAUGAAUUACCAAAAUAACAUAACGUAUCAAAAUCAAAAUACAAAUAUACCAGCUAACAAUAAUCCACAAUUGUCAAAUAGAAUUGAUUUUCAUAAUCAAAUACAAUCUAUUGAUUCGUAUGGACGAUCGACAAAUAAUUCAAGUAGCAGAGAACGUAUUAUUUCGUUGAAUUCGGAUUCGUUUUCGAUAACGGUCAACGAAAGUUCUAACAUAGAUGACGAUACUUUUCAACAUCAGAUAAGACCACUACACAUUGCUGCUGUCGUACUUGCCAUAUCUGCUUUGGUAUCAGUUUUUGCUGCUUGCUACGUCAUUACAAGGUUACUGAAAAGCGAUGCUUACAUUAUCGGUAACACGGAAUGAGAAAAGAAAAAAAAAUAUAAUAUUUAAAAUAAAGAAAAAUAUAUAUGGCAAAAAAAAAAAGAAAGGAUAUUUUUUUUGCAUGAACCAGUUUUAAA